AUGAAUAUUAUUAUCAACACAGAUUUGCUGGAAGAGUUACUCGUGAGGCUUCCCCUGAAGUCUCUGGUAAGAUUCAAAAGUGUGUCAAAAGAAUGGAAAUCGAUACUGGAAUCAAAGUGCUUCGUGGAGAAGCACCUGAAUUUUCAAAAAUCAACCCCGAAAAUCCUGAUCGCUUACAACUGCGACUGCGGCGUCUCACCCACUCUCCUCCCCGAAUCUCGUUUGGAAGAGGGUGAAGAGUUCGUAUUUUUACACUGCGACGCGACAAGAUCGUCGAUGAGUUGCGACGGUUUGGUCUGCAUCCCCGAAGAAGAGUGUGUAAACGUUUUGAACCUCUCGACGGGACAACUCCAGCGGUUCCAUUCCCCUCCCCUCGUGAACCGCCGCACUAACUCCACGUUUACGAACGGAACAUGGACGACUUAUUUCCCCGGGUAUUAUGCGAUGGGAUUCGGUAGAGAAAAGGUCAAAGGUCACUACAAAGUAGUGAGGAUAUCCGGUGAUCCUAACUAUAGCGACACUCUUGAUGUCAGCACUGGUGAAUGGCGUACACUUUGGAAACCACGUCGUUAUAAGGUUGAUGUCGGACGUAAAUCAGCUUGUGUCAACGGAACAAUCUACUGGUUACGAAUCGUGAGUCAUGGUGUCAACGGAUCAGUAUACUCGAUACUAGCCUUGGAUCUGCACACGGAAAAGUUCCAUUACGUUAAACAUCUGCAUCUCCCCAAAGGCAUCGUACUUGAAGCACAUAUUGUCAACGUUGGAGAUCGUCUAGUCAUAGCCAUGCCGGAAAGGAACUUUUUUGGUGGCGUGGAGCUAGGGAUAUGGAGUAUGGAUGCUGCUCAAGAAGAAACAUGGAGCAAGACUCACUCCAUAAGUAUAGGUAUCAAGCCAGGCGUGGAGUCUAGGUCAUUUACGCCCUUGAGUGUAUAUCUACCCAAGUAUUAUCAAGACACAGACCAACUCCGUCCCUUCUCUUCAGACAUUUGUGCUGUAUGUCCUUACCUUGAGAGUUUGGUCCCACUUCAGCCUCAACAAGUCGAGUUCAGCACUAGAGUCACAUGCAUCCGCAUCCGCAGACCAACGGAUGAGAUUCAAUCAAGAAGAGCUGGCAAGUUUCUCCGUAAGGGAAUAUAUGUAGGCGCUGCGUUAUGGAAGAACAAGUGGAUUGCUAUGUAUUUGAUCAUGUGUUGCUUCGGCACUCGUGGUGCUGUGUUUCGUGCAGCUAUGCUACUACUUGUCUGUUUGAUAUCUCGCUCUGGUUAUUUACUAUACAUCAUCGUGUUUAUAGUUCUGUUGAGGAUCUAUGCUAUCGUUAUUUGUGGGGUAACUUCUUUUCUCUCAACAAUCUUGUGA